AUGGCGAGUGCGGGCACUCCAGAUAAGGGCCUCGUGCACGUCACCUACUUGGCCGGAUAUAUUUUUCUGUCAUACGUGAUCAGCUCGAUGGGAUGUGCGACGACAUUGGAAUUACUGCAUCGGAGGACAUCGCGGUCCGGCUUCUACAACUGGUACCUGCUCCUCACGUCAUCAAUCACCAUGGGUGGAAUUGGCAUCUGGUGUAUGCAUUUUAUCGGGAACCGUGCCAUCGUCCUCGGCAACGGUGAAAACGAGCUUCAGAUCUUAUACAACGUCGCAUUCACCGGCACAUCAUUUGUGCUACCGGUGGUCGUCUUGCUUGCUGCGUUCUACUCCGUCGGCGUCGAGGAAAAAGCAGGAUAUUUGCGCAUCUUGAUCGGUGGACUGCUCACAGGAAGCUCAGUGUGUGGGAUGCAUUACGUGGGCCAACUGGGCAUUGCCAACUAUAAAUGUUCCUACCAGGUCGCCAAUGUUGUCGGGUCCGCCAUCAUCGCUAUCUUCUCUAGCACCGCCGCCCUGACUAUCUUCUUUCGUUGGCGAGCUACGUGGACCGAUAGUUGGUGGCGGCGAGUGAUCUGUGCUUGUUUUCUGUCUGCGGCCGUCUCGGGGAUGCACUGGACCGCAGCUGUGGGCACUUCCUAUCGCGAACGCGACAAGUCGAUUACACAUGGGACUCAGCUUUCUCGAAGCCAGGUAGUGAUUAUUUGCGCAGUGUUGGCCUGCGUAUCGUGUGUAAUCUUGUCUGCAUGUGCCAUUGUGGCAGGCGGCAAUCGACGACGCUCGACGACUCGUGCUCAUCAGCUGGUCCUUGCUUGUGCGUAUUUCGACCCAGCUGGGCGAGUGAUGGUGUCGCCCCAGGCCCUGCUGCCGAUGCGUAAGAUCGUGGACCAUUAUAUCGGCCGUACGUUCAAAGAUGACGACCUCACCCGCACUCAUCCAACCUUCCUUUGGGCCUUCAGAGCAAGCCGAAAUUGGCCCGUCGUCAAAGACCUCAUUCCAUUCAUGCGUAACCGUCUCGAAUCGGAGCAGAAUGCCAUACAGAAACAUGUGCUAUCGCGUGGAGUAGUCAUGGACAAAGAAACCGAGCUACAGACCGAUUUUGAUACACUCUUCAAGCAGCUUUUCUGCGUUUCAGCGCAGGAACUUGCAAGCGAGCUCCGACAGCCGCUAUCCGACCUAGGUACCUUAUACGACAACGUCCUUGCAACUGCAAUCCCUGUUUCCCGGCUCUCCCGUGCAAUGGGCCGCUCAUCGCUGAGGACUGGUAAGGGCCAGCUGAUCUUUAGUGUCCGCCAACUCCAGAAACAAGAGGCGACCCGGUUGUCGUCCAUGGGCUUCCGCUUUGCAACUAUCGAGCAUGUCACAUCAACCCUCUCUCGACGUAUUCACGUCCCUGCCGCGAAUCUACUAGAUCACCUCCGCGAUAUGCGUGACUAUGCGACAUCAAACCGUACUUUUGAAGAAGGCGUGCAUCUCAUCUCCUUCGUAAUGCGGCCAACGGUCCAAGAUCACUUUGAGAUCCUCACAACUAAAGGCAUUGCAAACCCGCUGCCAUCCUCAACUCUCCCCUUGAAACGCCUCUCUGUCCAGCAUCUCGAUCUCAUUUCCCACAUGGAGGGAUGGUCCAUGACCACCUGUUUGAAGUACCUGCAAUCAAAAGCUGCGAUGCAAGCCGACCACACCAUUGAUGAAUUCCGCGUGCACCUGAUAUCCGGCAUCUCCUCACUCUCCAAAUCCCUCUCCGACGAAAUCCGCUCCGCCGCGCGCUUCUCUUCUCGGCCACUUCUUGCUCCAUGCCGCAAUUCAUCUCGCCUCUCCGGAGAAGCCCAGCCGUCAGCACAGUGCACAUUGCUCACGUUCGUCGUCGUCGGCACCCUCGAUACCCAACCCCCUUCCCCAGAUUUCCACUUCACGCCCUUCCGUCUCUUUCGCGUCCAGCAACAAGUAAACGACACCAUAGCUGACCGUGACGGAUUUGCCCGUGAAUUAAGCGAAGAGCUCUUCUGCACUGAUGUUCGCUCCGGCUCCUCUGCCACAGACUCGGACAUCAUGUCGACCACCAAAUCAGCCAUCCUCCGGCUGUGGCCCUCGCGCAAGCCUACCGCUUCGCUGCCGUCUGCCAACUCCCAGGAGGAUCUUUUCACGCCUAGUGCGACGGUUUUCGGUGAUAUUACGGUACAGAAAGAGGUCCGUGUCGAUGUGACCCGGCUCGCCGAGGAUGCCACUCGAAAUACCGUCCAUACCCACGACGCGGUGAUCGCCGCGGGUGAUGCCGCCGCUACGCCUACGACCUAUGUGGAUGAAUUGUACAGUCUCUGCUACGCUCCUGGAAUCCGCCUGCGUCCAGAUUCCUCACUCCACGCCCCGCGAAAAUCGGAAAUGUCCUGA